CGGAUUUUGCAAAGCAAACGCUGGUGCCGCUUCUUGGGGUCGUCACAGCUAAAUCGUUCAACUUGAAAAUACUGUCCGACAAUGGCCCAAGGACUUAACAAGACCACCUUACCCGUUGUGCCAAGCGGUUCGUUGCCGUGCCAUAAAGACGUCCGCUUCGAUCCGUUCCGGUGUCCGGUUUUUGUAUUAGUCGAAGUCGCCGGUGUCUGCGCUCGGACUGGUUUUUGUUUUGUUCUCAGGUGUCCAUGCCUUCAACUUGAGAUUGGCAGCAUGGAGUUCUUCCAGCUCCGUUGCAUAGCUCAUUUCCAAGUUGGCUUCAAUCCCCGCAAGUCCUCGCCAUGAAGCUCUCCAAGUUCGCCAAGCACGCGCUCACGUUCGCCGGUCCGUCGCCGAUCCAGCAUAUGGAACGGCUGUCUAAGGCUCUGGGCAACAAGGUGCAGCUGUACGCCAAGCGUGAGGACUGCAACUCCGGCCUGGCCUUCGGUGGCAACAAGACGCGCAAGCUCGAGUACAUCAUCCCGGAGGCCAUUGAGGGGGGCUACGACACGCUCGUGUCCAUCGGCGGCAUCCAAUCGAACCAGACGCGCCAGGUGGCGGCGGUAGCCGCUCACCUCGGAUUCAAGUGCGUGCUGGUGCAGGAGAACUGGGUCAACUACCCGUCGGAGGAGGCCAGCGUGUACGAUAAUGUGGGCAACAUCGAGCUGUCACGCAUCCUGGGUGCGGACGUGCGCAGGGACUCGGCCGGCUUCGAUAUUGGUAUCCGUCCGAGCUGGGAGGAGGCCAUGGAAAGCGUUAAGAAGGCCGGUGGCAAGCCGUACCCCAUUCCGGCUGGCUGCUCCGAGCACCCCAAGGGCGGACUGGGCUUCGUCGACUUUGCUGAGGAGGUCCGACAGCAGGAGGAGGAGCUGGGCUUCAAGUUCGACUACGUCGUUGUGUGCGCCGUGACCGGCAGUACCAUGGCCGGCAUGGUGGUUGGCUUCGCGGCCGACGGACGUGCGAACAAGGUCAUCGGUAUCGACGCGUCCGCCGCACCCGAUAAGACGCGCGAGCAGGUGUUGCGUAUUGCCAAGGACACAGCGGAUCUGGUGGAGCUGGGACGCGAGAUCACAGCGGACGACGUUGUACUGGACACACGCUUCGGCGGUCCCGAGUACGGACUGCCCAACCAGGGCACGCUGGAUGCCAUCCGGCUAUGCGCUCGCACCGAAGGCAUUCUGACCGACCCUGUGUAUGAGGGCAAGUCCAUGGACGGUAUGAUCUCUAUGGUGCGCAACGGCGAGUUCCCGGAGGGCUCCAAGGUGCUGUACGCCCACCUGGGCGGCGCGCCGGCACUGAGUGCGUACAGCUACCUGUUCAAGGAAGGUUAAGUGUUGAUUGCCUUAAAGAUUGCAAACCCAGACGUCGACGCCAAAUGCUUCAGCUGUAGAACCAUUUAGGAGGUUUGUCUUGAUGCGUGGAGAUAUGAAUACAUGUACGUGUCAAACUACAAAGUUCAUAUAGGGAUUUUCAUUAAAAAUGCUCAAAACUAGGCUUAUUCACAAG